AGCCAUCAAGGACUCCGGCCUCGCCUGUAUCGGGGGAAAGGAGGCUCUUGCCUCGUGCUCGCGGUUUCCGAGGAACGCCUCCGUUUCCAGCCGUCAAGAACACCGUCGACCUCGCAACCCCGCUCUUCCCGUAGACCGCGCUUAACCCAAGGGAAGACAUGCAGAGCGCCACUGGAGCCCGCUCCUCCCUCUCCACCAAAGAAGCGCUGACCGCCCCUUCCUUUUCAUCGCCCCGGCCGCAGUCUGGCCCCGCCCAGGCUGCUUCCCUGGGCAACGCCGAGACGCUCACGGCGGCCAGCAUGGCGGCGAAGGACAAAGACAAGGCGAAGGAGCGAGAAAGCGUAUCAGCGCAGGAAGAGGACAAAAUUAUUAGUGACGAAGAGGAAAUGGCUUGGAAGUUUCUUUCCCUUGCUGAGAUUACUCUUCUGUUGGAACAAGAUAUAAUAGGAGUUCAAAGAAAUUUGGAAGUGUUUCUAAAUUUGAAAGAACGUUUGACAUCUUUGAAAGAAGCUGCAUUACUGGAUUAUUAUGUCUCCGGAUUUUGGUGGGCUAAAGGAUUAGAAUUCACAUCUGUGCAACUUGGAGGAUUCCUGACUCUGUUAAAUAUGCUUAUGGAGAAUCUUGAGAGCCAACACAUGACACUGGAAGAGAACAUCCAAGAACUUAGAAAUGCAAUGGCUGGAAUUGGACAGCGUAAUUCAGAGAAAAGCAGUGGGUUUGAGUUCUUCACAGUAGACCAAGCCAAGGCUAUAAUCAAUUAUUUGAAGAUCAGCAUAUUCCAACAUUAUACACUGUACGAAUAUCUUUUCCACAGUCCCAGGGAAGAACUUGUGAUAGGAGAUGAGAAUGUUGUAGAACUAGUCAAGCCCGCAGAUACUCCUUUCCCUGCUCCCUUGGAAGAAGGUCUGCCUUAUGAUAUUUAUUCCAAAUUUAUAGCAGUGAUCCCAGCUGAAGAAGAGACAGCUAUGGAAAUGGAGGGAGGCAUUCUUAAAGAAGAGGAAGCUGAAGCUGAAAGCCUUGUUGAUCCUUUGGCAUGCUACACUGUCGAGGAUGUUCAAUCAGUACUGGGCCAGAUCACCAAUGAAAUGAUCAGCAGUAUUCAGACUGAGAUUAACGAAAAGCUACAAACACAGCAAGAGGCCUAUUCUGCAAGAAUAGACAAGCUCAAGAAGGUCUGAAAAAACCUGGGCAAGCUGAAGGAUGGUGGUGCCUUACACAGAUUGUAUAAACCACAAGACAACAAGCCCUAUGAUGUGUUUUAUUCCCUACAGUCAGCAUAAUUGGGUCACUGUUUCAUCAUCCAGAAAGCAUUGUUCUAAAGUCUUUCCAUGCAGCAUUUCUAUAUUUAGAUUAUUCAAGUAUUCUAUGAAAACUAGAUAGCGAAGAAAGAAAAUUAAAACUGAAUUUUCCUUUAAAACCAUCCCUUGGGGGGGGUGUUUGAAAUCUGAAUGCCAUCAGAUUUGUGAAGUUUUCCCCCUGUGUGUGUGCUGGUGGAUGAUAUUCAGAAUAUCCAGGGGCCUAAAAAAUAUGAUCCCUACAAAGUCACAAAACAGUACCUUAGCUACGAUGGUUAUGUCUAUCCCCUAGAGAUGGAUGGAUCUGUCUAUUUCUGGUCCAUGUCACUUUUGCAUGUAUUCAUUCACAAAUUCAUUCUGCCCCAUUUACGCAUUCAUCCAGCGUUUUUUUUGCAAAAUAAAAGAAUGACAAAAUGUUUUUAAAUACAUAUUUUAUCUCAAUAAACAUAUAUUAUUAGAAAAUA